CAGAGAAAGAGUUCCGCACGCCAAACACCUCAUUGAGCCACCGCGGCAUCGAAACUGAACAAUAUGCUCGGCUCCCAUUUGACUCCAAGGAGCGGAUGCAGCUGAUGGAUGCUUGUGGCUGGGGCCACGCGCUGUUUGUUGACCGGUUCUCUCUGUGGGCGGCACCAGCAUCAGACGCCCUGGAACCAAAACUUGGCCAUGACGCGCUGCGUUAUUCAUCGGCAGCUCGGCGCAGUGCGACUUCGUACGCCUCGGUCGUCAAUCACGGCUCCCAGUCUCUUCAGCAUCAAUCUAUCGAGACUAGACAAAAUUUCUUGGCGUGUCGGUCCGAACGUUUGUUGUGUCACUCGCUUCCGAGUGGCCCUCAAAUCCGCACAUCGACCGCGUCAUCGGACUCGGACUCGGACGCGCACACAGCCAUUGGCUAGAAUAUCGAUUUCGACUCGGAUGCGAGCUCGCGUCAGGAUCAGGGAGAGGCGGAUUUAGACCUUGAUGUGUGAAUGAAGCCCGUGAAUGGCCA